UCAUCAUCAUCAUCACCACCACCACCAUCGUGUCCAAGCCGAGAGAGCAGCCGCCGCAUCUCCCCCCUCCACCUCCUCCAUCCCUCCCUCCGAGCCGCCAUGGACGCAGGUUGCAUCUGAACGGCUCAAGUCUCCGCUCACAGAGUCAAGACGGGGGGCACAAUGAGCCAAGAUCCACCGGCCACCCCCGGCUGGCUCACCCCUGACCCCACAGCCUGGGCCAGCGGAGGAGGGGGCCCCACGGAUAACGCCAGCACCCCGGGGACGUUCCCCCUGGAGGAGUCCCUGUCGCCUCGCCAGCUGCCCCUGCUGGUCAACCCGUGGGACGUGGUCCUGUGCACGUCGGGGACCCUGAUCGCCUGCGAGAACGCUCUGGUGGUCCUGGUGAUCUGGCAGAACCCGGCGCUGCGGGCCCCCAUGUUCCUGCUGAUCGGCAGCCUGGCUCUGGCCGACCUGCUGGCCGGACUGGGCCUGGUGCUGCACUUCACCUGCGCCUACCUGCUGCAGUCCGACUCGGCGCAGCUGCUGACGGUGGGCCUGGUGGUGGCGUCCUUCUCGGCCUCCGUCUUCAGCCUGCUGGCCAUCACCAUCGACCGCUACCUGUCGCUCUACUACGCCCUGACGUACAACUCUGAGCGCACGGCGGCGUUCACCUACACCAUGCUGGUGCUGCUGUGGGGUCUGUCGCUGUGCCUGGGCCUGCUGCCCGUCACUGGCGUCAACUGCCUGGCGGAGGAGGCCACGUGCAGCGUGGUGCGCCCGCUGACCAAGAACAACAUCGCCGUGCUGUCCGUCUCCUUCCUGCUGCUCUUCGGCCUCAUGCUGCAGCUCUACGUGCAGAUCUGCAAGAUCGUGAUGCGCCACGCCCACCAGAUCGCCCUGCAGCACCACUUCCUGGCCGCCACGCCGCACUACGUCACCACGCGGAAGGGCGUGUCCACGCUGGCCAUCAUCCUGGGGACCUUCGCCGCCUGCUGGAUGCCCUUCACCGUGUACUCCCUCAUCGCCGACUACACGUACCCGCCGCUGUACACCUACGCCACGCUGGUGCCCGCCACCUACAACUCGGUCAUCAACCCCGUCAUCUACGCCUUCCGGAACCAGGAGAUCCAGAAGGCGCUGUGGCUGGUGUGCUGCGGUUGCGUGCCCGCCAGUGUGGCCCAGCGGGCCCGGACUCCCAGCGACGUCUGACCCGGCGGACAUUGUGGAUGUUGCAACAGGGGGGGCGGGGCUUUGCCGGUCCACCGCACGGAUGACCGCCUUUUUCGUCAUCGCGAAGGUUUUUCCUUUCUGUCUUCCUCACCAGAGGCGGCCACCGUGCAUGCGGCCCCACCCGCCCCCCACCGUUUUGGUGCCACGCCCUUCCGGUGCUCUGCAGAGGGUGCAUCACAUGUUCCACGCAGCUUUGGCCGACACGUGCUCGUCCUUCUUCAUGCACCGAGGGAUUAUCGUGCGGCCUUUUGCUGGAGCGGCAGAUUAACGAGGCAGACGACGAGCACGCACGCCUUUUUUUUUUUUCUCUCCCAACAUCACAGUCUGGAGCAGCAUCCCGCCGCUCCGCUCCUGCACACCCCGAACGUGCGUGGCAAGCUAAAGAGGCGCGGUCAGCUAAAAAUAGACGCCCGGGCCGCGCGUCCUCCACAGACGGCGAGGAGAAAAAAUGAGGACUUGUCUUUCAAUGGAUUAUUGUGUGUGAAUGUGUUGGACACACACACACAUCACCCUCACGGGAGACCCCCUGCCAUUAACCCCCGCCCCUCUUUCCACUUUCAUCAUCACUGGAGGCACACUGGCCGUGUCACUCCAUUUGCCUCCCUGCUGAAGCUUACCUGUGAUGGAAGCUUACCAUCUUUCUUUUUAACCAUGUGACUCCUCACUCCUCAAAUCAGUGAAUAGUCGUGUUUUGGGCUCCUUUGGGCCUAAACAAUUCAUGAAGGGAUGGGGCACUCAUUGGAUUACUUCAUAAUGUCAAAUGAUCCGCUGUGGCGACUCCGUAAUAAGGAAAAAGACAAAAACGGAAGUUUAAAAGCAACAUGGAGUAUUACACUGACAUUGUUUAACUAACUUGAAACAUUAUUAUUAUUGACUAUUUUACAAGUAUAAUAAUAAUACCGUAGUAGAGCCUAACAGUAUUCCAGCGAGUGCCCCCCCCAACUGCCCCCAUUCCCAAAUAAAGGAGUCAUUUUAGCGGCAUACAUGGCUGUGUGUUGCAUGUGGACUUGGCUGCCAUUUGCAUGCAACAAGCACCAAAUCCACUCUGGUCCCGAGUUGAGCGCCAGCUGUUAUCCUGACCUCAAUGUGGUGUUUCGUUUCUUCCCCCGAUGCGCCCAUCACGAGAUGCCAUCAUGUGUACGUGGACCGUAGCCAAUCUCGGAGCCGACGCCGGAGCUCAUUUUCCGGUUCACGGAGGCCGUGUUUGUCAGCAAUAACGAGCCUCUCAAACGGUCCUUCUUUUGGAGGUGAAGCAAUACUCAGACAGCAAUAACAGCCGCACGCCGUGCUGGGAUUUCUUCCUUCGCUUCUCCUUGUGUUCGUGGGCGCCUUCCGCCGUCCUGGGUGUCGUAACCUCAAGUGUCUUCGUCUUUGUCGUGAGUUGCAUGGCCUCCGGGCGGGUGCAUGUGCGACCCCAGCAGACCACAUAACGAGGGAGGGAGGCGUCGCCACAUACUAUAACGCCAGUGUCGGCCUCCUUGAUUCGCGGGGGCGAUGCUGCUGCCAGUCUUCCUGUCCACUGGGAGAGAAUCCACACAGCGCAUGCAAAGUCAGGACCAACCGGACGAGACUCGAAGCCAAAGCCAAAGGGAGCGGGUGGACCGCUGUAGUCCUGCUGCUGCGGCUACACUAAGUCAAUGAAGACAGGUGUCCUUCAAGUGACCUCUGGAUGAUCUAUGAGCUAAACAGGACCACGUCCAAACACCAAGAUGAUGCCCCUUUCUCUCUUUUCCCUCUCUUCCUCAGAAUGAAGCGAGGGAAGCGGAAGAAGAGCACUUCCCAGUAUUGGAACGUGGCCCGUCUGUGUCAGACUGACAAACAUCACUUCAAAAAAAAAAAAAAAAAGUCUAUUUUGUUAUAUUCAUUGAAAAGUUCUAUUUUUUUCCACUUUGGUCUGGCCUGAAGUCAUGUGACAUGUAUGAUAUCACGGCGCUGUAAAAGCCCUUUUUCUGAAUGUACUCCCAAAUUCUCCUUUUUGAGUUGAAGUGUAAAUAAUAACAGUACGGCAUGCUUGACAAUGGGGGGGGGGCAAUGACAAACACCGUGCAUGGUGCUACCAAAGCCAGUCACCCGUUCUCCAUUUCCUCCAGCCAGUGCAGGGUUUCCCAAACGCCAUCGGCUCAAACCUGCUGAAACGUGUUUGUGGCGGCCAUUUUUAGCACCACAGAAGGUUUUGGCGCUCCUUUGGGGCGCGACGUUACGUACGUUGGGGCUGUCUGUGUAGCUCGCUGUAACGCUGCUUCUUUAGCUGACGUGUAAUCUGUUCAUCGAGAUACGACGUGGUACAUUAUCUUUCACACCUCACGUGUUGUUGUUGUUUAGUCGCCACUGGAUGUUACGUAAUGCGCACGCUUGCAUGUAAACGAAACGCCUGGCAAUCGAUAACGUCAGGCGGCGUAAAAACACCCAGCUAGUGUCGCACAUUUCUUAACACAAACCAAAAAUCAACCAAUUAUGCAAAUGAUAAAAUGUCAUUUAGCCCCUCCCAGAUCCUGUACAUGGCAGUCAUGUGACGUAUUGACAUGUAGGGUGUGUUCACGUACGAUCAGCAUGGAACAUCUUCCAAACGUUUGGGAAACCCUGAUGGAGGUCGAGUCUGUCCAAAUUGCAUGGUGGAUGUAAAGACGUGCAAACAAGGGCUUUUCUAUCCAAGAAUAGCAAAAGGUUGUCAUGUUGGGUGUCACACUUCCACACACACACACACACACACACACACACACACACAGAGUUGUAAAUGUACUGUGUGCAAGUGAAGGUGUCGCCAAGGACGGCCUGGAUGAUGAAGAUGUUUGCCAAUGUUAGAGCUAAAUAUCACUCAAGGGCCUGUGAAUGUCUGUAUGGGUUAUGGGGGAGGGAGGGAGGGAGGGGGGCGGUCAGGGGUGGUGCCACUGUAACAGCAUCUUGUGUCAACGUAGUUUUCAAUGUGAAAUGCACUUUAUUUUUUGGGGGUGCGGCAGUGAUGAUGAUGAUGAUGAUGGCACAAAAGGAGGAUAAUCAACCUGCACUAACGUGAAUGGAAGGAUAAAAACAUGGUGUCAACGUGGUGUCUAUUUUUCCAAGGUGUUCUAGUUGUACUUUUUAUUGUUUGGGUAGUUCACUUCCUGAUCAUUUUUCUAUGAAACUCCCCCCCAAAAAACUAAAGAUGUGCUGUGCAUACGA